UCAUGCAUGCGUCAUGACGCACGGAAGCGGCGCAGCGGAGAAGAAGACGGUGAGGAGAAGUUGAACAAGCGAGCGACUUUCUCUUUUCUUUGUGUCUUUUCUCUUGUUGUGAGCCGGAGGUGUCAGACUUCAGAGCCAACCGGAGGAGGAGAAAAAGAAGAGUUCGUGGGAGAUUUAGAGACUAGAAGCACAUUAACCACAGCACCAUGGACGCUGACCACAGCCACCACCAUCAUCACACUAUGGCCCCGCCCACAACCAGCGGCCACGACCACGGAGGAGGAGGAGGAGAAGGAGAACAUGAAGGACACGGAGGCAUGGUGAUGACCUUCUACUUUGGCUACAACAACGUGGAGCUGCUGUUCACCGGGCUGCUCAUCAACUCACCUGGAGAGAUGGUGGGUGCGUGUAUCGGUGUCUUCCUAUUGGCCGUCCUGUACGAGGGCCUAAAGAUGGGCCGCGAGACGCUGCUCCGUCGCAGUCUCAACGUCCGCUACAACUCCAUGCCGCUGCCCGGGGCUGAUGGGACAGUGCUAAUGGAGACGCACAAGACCGUAGGACAGCGGAUGUUAAGCCCCGCCCACUUCCUGCAGACCUUGUUACACAUUGUUCAGGUGGUCGUCAGCUACUUCCUGAUGCUCGUCUUUAUGACCUACAACGCCUACCUCUGCAUCGCCGUGGCAGCCGGCGCUGGCAUGGGCUACUUCCUGUUCAGCUGGAGAAAGGCAGUGGUCGUCGACAUCACCGAGCACUGCCAUUAGCAGCUGGCUGCUGCUAGCUAGCAUCUGUUCGUAAGGUUUAAUUUCUGCUGAUUACAAUCGAUAAACGCUAACUAAAAACUUUCACUGUAGGUUAGCCUGCUAGCCAACCUGGGACUACAAACCCCAGAGUGUUAGCGCAUAAAAGAAAACUCUAAACUACAAAUGUAACUCGGUAACCAUGGUAACACCCUGCUGUAGGUUUACACACUAACGUAUGUAGUUGCUGAUUAUAAUAUCAGCAUUAAGCAGGAAACACUGACGUUGUAUAUUUUCAAUUAAUAUCAAGUUUUUUUUUCUAAACUCCUGCUGGUGAGCCAGCCGACCAAUCACAGCUCAGAUCACCUCCAAAAUUUCUGAUUGGCUAAAAUCACAUCUAACUAUUUUUUAUUUUAGUGCCAACAUCAGCACAGGUAGCGUUUAUACUCGUUAACUUAGUUAGCGUCUCAUCAUGAGAACAUAAGUAAACAUUGAUCUAGAAGAUAAUUUAUUAGAAAAUGUUUUACUAAAGUUUUUUAUUGAAAUAAAAUAAUUAAAAUGUUUUUAAUGUUUUCAGUUUCUACAUUUUCCUUUUAAAAAACAACAACAAUUAUUUCAUCUUUUUUUAAUAUCCUUCUUGUCCGGGAGCCGGCCAAUCAGGGCUCAGAUGAUUGUUCCCUUCUUCAAUGUAAACGUCUUUUAAACUGUAAAACAAAUCGCCAUGAGAUCAACGCCAUUCAUGAAAAACAUGUUAAACAGCGAAUCCUCUGGGCCACUGUCGGCCUUAACAAGACACCUGCUGCCUUAACGAGCCGACGCCCUGCUGCCUUAACGAACCAACCUAUUAAGGACUGGCGGCCAUGUUUGAUCUGAAGAAUUGAUGGAGGACAGAAGUCACAGGAGAGUAAAGUCAUCAUGAUACCAGAAUUUUUUACUCGCUCUCUCUCUCCCCCUCCCUUCUCUCUCUCUCCCCCUCCCUUCUCUCUCUCUCUCGCUCUCUCUCUCUCUCUGACAGUGUUGUCUGAGUACUUUUUGAAAGUCUGGAUCAUAUCGUUUUAAGAAAAACGACGUACUGAAAAAUAUCCUCAAAGUAAAUCGUAACAACAAAUAGAACGUUGUUUGUUGGGAGAAAACAAAGUAAAAGUCGUUUGUUUCCAACAUCGACCUCUUCUGACGUCUUUGUGAAUUAUUUUGACUUUUACCUUCCUGGUUCACACUGGGAGGUGGGUGGGGAUUACUCACUGGACCAAUCAGGUAGCAGGGACAGAUGGUUUCUGGAUUUUUACUCUGAAAACAAAACUCUCUUCUCUCUCUAAGUUUUGAAUAAAUUCCUUUAGAGGAGAGCGACCCCAUGUGGACAGAAGUAUAAGGACAGGUGUGUGCACACCUGUGCCGCUCUGUGUGAUGUUAUCGUCUCUGUGUCUGGUGUCUUUAAAUGAAGUCCAGGUUUCUGAUUCAAAGAUGAAAACUGUGUGAAGGAAACUGUUUGUCUUUAAAUGUAAGAACUGUCAUAAAUGCUGGAAUUAAAAAACAAACUGAAUAAAGUUUAUGAAUGAA